UUUUCGCUGGCUGCUGUUCCCCUGUCGGACCCCAGACACGGACGGACCAAACAAAGGCGGCGGUGCGCUUUAAAAAAACACCAAUGCUAAAUGAAGUGCGCAUCUCGCUGACUUCAGAGUUUAAGGAGCUAUAAGUGUCACAACUCAAGAUGAAGUUUCGGGGGAAAAUCAUAGACAUCGCCUGUCUCAACCAUUUCACCCGAGUCAUCACCACCAUCUCCAAGCUGACCAAGACGUGCGUCCUGCGUCUGACUCCAGACAACCUCUUCUUCGUCCUGUCCGGUAAAGUGGCCAACGGAGGCGUCAGCAUGUGGUGUGAGCUGUCCCAGGCCAACUUCUUCGAUGAGUACCAGAUGGAGGGCGUGUCCCCUGAGGACAACGAGAUCUGCCUGGAGGUGACUCCAGAGAACCUGUCCAGAGCGCUGAAGACCAUCCAGAACGCCAAGGCCGUCAAGGUUAAACUGACCAAGAAGCACUGCCCCUGCCUCACCAUCGCCGCCGAGCUGCCCACCCUCUCCAGCAUCAGUCGAGUCGUCACCCACGACGUCCCGGUCGACGUCAUCCCCCGCAGACUCUGGAACGAAUUCAAAGAGCCGAGCAUGCCCGACUUCGACGUCAGUAUCUACCUGCCUCCUCUGAAGACACUGAAGAACAUCGUGGACAGAAUGAAGAACCUCUCCAACUUCCUGGUGAUUGAGGCCAACCUGAGUGGAGAGAUGAACCUGAAGAUCGAGACAGAUCUGGUUUCUGUCACCACUCACUUCAAAGACCUGGGGAACCCUCCGUGGGGUGACGACGCCUCCCAGGACGGCGGUCCGUCUCAGAGCAGGGACCCAGAGGCCAUGGCCCAGGCCAGGGUGGACAUCAGGAAGCUGCAGCAGUUCCUCAUGGGUCAGCAGGUCAACCCCAGCAAGGCCAUGUGCAAUAUCGUCCAUGAGAGGGUCGUCCACCUGAUUCUGCUGCAUGAAGACGUGUCGCUGCAGUAUUUCAUCCCCGCUGUGGCGUAGACGCUCUGCAGACCCAAGUCACUUCUGCUCACUGUGAGUUUGGGGACAUAUAAAAUGGGUUUUGGACAGAGGAUUGUCUUCCCCCUCCUCCCCGUGGAACCCAUGAGACUAAACUCUCAAUGUCUGGGAGUCUGUCCCACACGGAGGCUGGUUUCAGUCCUCACAGCGGACCUAAGGAAGAGCUCACACGUUCUCAGGACGUGCUGGUGAAUCCACAUUUAUCACGACAGAGUCGGACGGUCGAGACAAAACAGAAAACUCAACAAGUUGCACAUUAACCCUUGUUUUGUCUUCCGGUCGACCGUGCAACUUUUCGUUUUUCUGGGUCAAAAUUUUUAAUUAAAAACUUUUUCAACACU